AUCAGAAACAUCUGACUCAGGACAGAAACACACAACCUCUAAAAAAUGGACCAAACUCUAUUUUUCAUUCUUCUUCUCACUGCUCUCUGCUCCGUAUCUGAAUGUGUUCAGCGUCAGUAUCACUUUAUAAAUGAGAGGAAGAACUGGACUGAAGCUCAGAGAUACUGCAGAGAGAAAUACACAGAUCUGGCCACCGUUGACAACAUGAACGACAUGAACGAGCUGAACAAGAGUGUGAAUGAUAGAAGUGUUCAGUUUGUCUGGAUUGGGCUGCAGAAGACGGGUCGUGAUGAAUGGCAGUGGUCUUCAGGUGAACCUGCGCUCUAUCUGAACUGGGCUACUGGACAACCAGAAGGCAGAGAUGAUUGUGGUAUGAUGACAAGUGGACAAUUUCAUGAUAUGGCGUGUAGUUAUAACCGACCUUUCAUCUGCAACAACACAAACACAGGACUCGUCCUUGGCAAUCAGACGAUGAAUUGGACAGACGCUCAGAGUUACUGCAGACAGAAUCACAUUGAUCUGGUCAGUGUGAGAAACCAGAAUGAGAAUCAACAGGUUGAGCAGUUCAUUAAUGAAAGACAGUUAUCUGGAUCAUGGGUCUGGAUCGGUCUGUUCAGAGACUCAUGGCAGUGGUCAGAUCAGAGUGACUCCUCAUUCAGAUACUGGUACACUGGUCAACCUGAUAAUUAUAAUUAUGGUGAAGACUGUACAAGUGUUGAACUGAACACUCAGGGACGAUGGAAUGACGUCUCUUGCACCAACCAAUAUCCCUUUGUGUGUCAUGAAGAUAAACUGGUUCUGAUCAAAGAGAAUCUGACGUGGUCUGAAGCUCUGAGUUACUGCAGACAGAAUCAUGUGGAUCUGGUCUCGGUUCAUUCAGAAGAGAUUCAGCGUGGUGUGAUGAACGUGGUUAAACGGGCGUCUACUGCCGCGGUGUGGUUGGGUUUACACAACUACUGCAGCAUGAACAUGUGGCUCUGGGUGAGUGGAGAGAUCGUGUGCUAUCACAACUGGGCUCCAGGGAACGGAACGACACGGGAAAACUGCAAACUUGAGAAGAGAAAAGGAGCAGUUCAGUCUGGAGGAGAUCAGCGCUGGAUCAGCCUUCCUGAAUCUCACAGACUCAACUUCAUCUGCAGAAAGAAAGAGGUAUGUGCUGCCACACAUACUGUGCGUUCACACCGCCGCCGGCGAGAGCGUCAAAAUUCGCUCUGGCCGCGCUGCCAACAACGCUGUGCAAAGAUUCAUUGACGCUCUGACGAUCGAACGCUUGGUCUUGUAUUUAAAGCGGCCGCAAAGCAAACAAGCAUGUCGAUCUUGUGCAGACUGACCACAAGUAGGGUGUAAGUUAACCUCAUUAAAUAUUUUAAACGUGAAAAUAAGAAAUGUAAUUUAAUUGUAGUUACAUGUUUGCUAACGAAAUAAACCAAUUAAAAGCCAUUUGUGUGGUGUGGCUUUUGUGUUCAUGGUUAAGUGUUAGUCUAAUUUCAAAAUAAUAGGAGACAUUUACUAGCCUUGGUCUUUAAUUAACAUUAACAUGAAUUUGUGUGCAGCCUACAUUGCAAUCCGUCUUGGUUGCAAUUGGUCAAAUCGGUGUUGUUUUGAGCAAAUGAACUGCAUUCCCGCUGAAAAACAAGCGUUCUAGCGGGAAAAUGUUGCCUAUAAAUAGUGGUGCGCCUUAUCAAAUUCACAUCACGAUGGAGGAUCAAUUUGUUGCGUUUGGUGUGGCAUUGCUGUACCUGCGGAGAAGACGUCGGAGAUCGGUAUGGGUGCAUGAAAUUCUCCAAGCCCGUCAGCAGCUCGGGGAAUAUCACCGGCUGGUGCAGGAGCUGCGGCUGGAUGACGACAGGUUCCAGCGAUACUUCAGGCUGGAUAGGGAGCAGUUUGACAACCUGCUGUCAAAAGUGGGGCCGCGAAUUGCGAGGCAGGACACCAGUUAUCGGCACGCUAUUGAGCCGGCUGAGCGCCUCGCAAUUUGUCUACGGUGAGUUCAUAAUUUUUUU